ACAUGCGCAAUCUCACAAAAGCAUAACCAGACUCGACCACACCUGAACCUGACCGACUCAUGCUCAUCUUCUUCUCAUGUGGAUUGUGGCCUUUCCAUGAAUGAUCAAAUCCAUCGCCAUAUCUUUUCUCUCUCUGACUCUCUCUCUGGGUAUCUAAUCUCUUGAUUUCUCCUCCCUGGGCCUCCCCAUUCUUCCUCCUUAAUUCUCUCCUCUCCUCCUCGUGGAGGAGCCUUUCUGGCUGCUCAGGCGUUCGUGGUGUGAACAAUAAUCGAAAAUGAACUCUUGUGGGUACCUGCGAAAAAGCGCCAUGGGAGGCUGCGAGGAGAGGAGGAUGAUGGUGGUAGACUCUAUGGUUUGCCCCAAGCCUCGCCGUUUGGGUCUUUCAAAUCCUUCCCUUCACGAUCAAUUCAGACCCUUAAGAUUGCCCAUCAAUCACCAGACUGACAUGGGAGAAUCAAUAGCUGGGGCUGAGCUUCUUGACAUGAUCCUUACUAAGGGAGGAUGUGGUGGGGAAAGAUCAGGUUACCAGGUAGCAUCUUCGCCGCCGUUUUACUGUGGAUCACCCCCAAGUAGAGCAUCAAACCCUGUAGUCCAAGAUGCCCAAUUUGGCAGUGAAAUGAUAACUCCCCUAUCUCCUGCUCCGCUAUCACCGUCCUCAUCAUCAGCACGCAAGGGAGGCGGGUGUGUUCGAAUGAAAUUUGGGCACAAGCCUGCUGUAAGGAUUGAAGGGUUUGAUUGUCUUAGCAAAGAUAGGCGAAAUUGCAGCAUCUCUGCAGUAGCUUAAGCAUUGAACUCUCCAUUGAAAAAACCUAGAAAAUAGCAAAUUUUGAUCAUCAGAGGAGGAGAACAAAAAUUGUGGGAUGGCUAAUAGUAAUGAUCAACUACUGUGUUUUUGUUUGAUGUAUAUAGAGGUUUAAUGGUGUUUCCUGGCGAGUUUUUCACUCUCAAAAUAUGUACAUGUAAUGAAGGUUGUUGAAAGGUGUUUAAUUUUGAAGUAAUAAGGAGGAGAGAGAGAGGUAAGUGUUUCUGUUUGUAGGUUCAUUGUUCUUGUUUAUAGAAAGGGAGAGUGAGAGAGAAUGAGAAAGAGACAGGUUCAGAGGUUGUAAUAUUUCUGGGAGGGUUGCUAUUCCAUUGUAAUAUUUCAAUGUUUGUCACUUUUUCUAAUCCUUGAUUGUAACUGUAAUUUGAAUGAAAUAAGGAUUAGCCAUUUGGAAA